UCCUCGAGAAUCCACUCGUCCACCAUGAACAGUGCGCCGCCACCUUCGUCUUUCGACAAUGAUGCCCGAUGGCAGAAGCUGCGCCGUAGAAUCGUCGAGGAACCUCUCAUUCCGCUUGGGUGCGGUCUGACCGUCUGGGCCUUGUACGAAGCCACCAAAUCAAUGAAGUCUGGUGACCACGCCAAAACAAAUCGCAUGUUCCGUCGCCGUAUCUAUGCUCAAGGUUUCACCCUGCUCGCCAUGGUCGCCGGUUCCGCCUACUGGGAGAAGGAUCGCAACAAGCGCAAGGAGUACAACGACUUGCUCGACGAGAAGAAGAAGAAGGACAAGCGUGAUGCCUGGAUUAGAGAGCUCGAGGCCAGAGAUGAUGAAGAGAAGGAAAUUGCUGCGAUGAAGAAGCGCUUGGCCGAGGCCAGAGGCGCCGAGAGAAAGCGUCUGUCCGAAGCAGAAGCCAGGUCCACCGAGAACAAGAUUCAGUCUGAUACCACCGGCAUUGUCCGUAGUGUCUUGGAGCCUGGUGAGAGCAGAUGCGAUUCCCCUCUCCUGAACGCUGCCAUGAAGUUGUGGCAAGCCAGGUCAUGA